ACUGCCCGCCGCCGACCUCCUAUUCCAGGCCCUUCCGGGAGUCGCCGCCCUUUGCCCCCGGAAGUGGGCGGGGGAGGAAGCGGCUGGUGAUGCUGGAACAACAUGGCCGUCCCGGAGCCAGUCGGCCCCUCGGGCUCCCGCUGUCCUCCGCUGGUCGCCGGCGUCCGGCUGCUCCCACUGCUAGGGCUGCUGCAGCUGCUGGCUCAGCCCGGCCUGGGCCGCGUCCACCACCUGGCGCUCAAGGAUGAUGUGAGGCAUAAGGUUCACCUGAACACCUUUGGAUUCUUCAAGGACGGGUACAUGGUGGUUAAUGUCAGCAGCCUUUCCGUAAAUGACCCUGCGGGAGCCACAGACAAGGACACAACUAUUGGAUUCAGCCUGGACCGCACAAAGAAUGACGGAUUUUCUUCUUAUCUGGAUGAAGAUGUGAAUUACUGUAUUUUAAAAAAGCAGUCUGUCUCUGUCACCCUUCUAAUCCUAGACAUCUCCAGAAGUGAGGUGAGAGUAAAAGCCCCACCAGAAGCUGGUACGCAGUUACCAAAGAUCGUCUUCAGCAGGGAUGAGAAGGUCCUCGGCCAGAGCCAGGAGCCCGGGGCUCACGCUGUUUCAGCGGGCAACCAGACUCAGCCAAAACAAGACAGUGGAAAAUCUAAAAGAAGCACAGUAGAUUCAAAGGCAACGGGAGAAAAAUCCUUUUCUGUUCACAAUAGUGAUGGGGCAGUUUCUUUUCAGUUUUUCUUUAACAUCAGCACCAAUGACCAAGAAGGCCUCUACAGUCUUUAUUUCCAUAAAUGCUCUGGGAACGAAGUGCGGUCUGGGGACAAGUUUUCCUUCAGUCUUGAUAUUGAGAUCACAGAGAAGAACCCUGACAGCUACCUCUCCGCAGGAGAGAUCCCCCUCCCUAAAUUAUACAUUUCUAUGGCCUUUUUCUUUUUCCUUUCUGGGACCAUCUGGAUUCACAUCCUUCGAAAACGAAGGAAUGACGUAUUUAAAAUUCACUGGUUGAUGGCGGCCCUUCCUUUCACGAAGUCUCUUUCCUUGGUGUUCCACGCGAUCGACUACCACUACAUCUCGUCCCAGGGCUUUCCCAUCGAGGGUUGGGCUGUCGUGUACUACAUCACUCACCUCUUGAAAGGGGCACUCCUGUUCAUCACCAUCGCGCUCAUCGGCACGGGCUGGGCUUUCAUUAAGCACAUCCUUUCUGAUAAAGACAAAAAGAUCUUCAUGAUCGUCAUCCCGCUCCAGGUUCUGGCGAACGUGGCCUACAUCAUCAUAGAGUCCACUGAGGAGGGGACUACGGAGUAUGGCUUGUGGAAGGAUUCUCUGUUUCUGGUAGACCUGCUGUGCUGUGGAGCCAUCCUCUUCCCAGUGGUGUGGUCAAUCAGGCAUUUACAAGAAGCAUCAGCGACAGAUGGAAAAGCUGCUAUUAACUUAGCAAAGCUGAAACUUUUCAGACACUAUUACGUCUUGAUCGUGUGUUACAUAUACUUCACCAGGAUCAUCGCCUUCCUCCUCAAGCUCGCCGUUCCGUUCCAGUGGAAGUGGCUCUACCAGCUCCUGGACGAAAUGGCCACGCUGGUGUUCUUUGUUCUAACGGGCUGUAAAUUCCGUCCGGCUUCAGAUAACCCCUACCUACAGCUUUCUCAGGAGGAUGACCUGGAAAUGGAAUCCGUAGUGACGACAUCAGGGGUGAUGGAGAACAUGAAGAAAGUCAAGAAGGUGACCAACGGCUCGGUGGAACCCCAGGGCGACUGGGAGGGCACCGCGUGACGGAGCAGCCUCGGGGCUGGGACUGUCCAAGAGAACCUCUAAUUUAUUAAUCGUCCUAGUGGUGAGCAGGAGCACUUGGCACCUCCCGACAGUGACACCACAGAGCACGCGGCUGGGAACAAAGUGCCACGGAAACCUAAUUUUUUACUCUCUUUUAUGGAAACUGGAUCUGUGGCUGGUUAUGGGCAGCUAGAAUUCUCCUUCAGGUGGGAAUGGUGGGGAGGGCGUGUAGACAGGAGGAGGAUAAGAGGAAGACUUUGUUUGUAGUUUCUAUUUCUUUCUUUUUCUUAAUUGGGAACUCUCCAGAAAGACGCAGUUGUGCCCCACAGUGUGUGGCUGCAGGGAGAGGAGUGUUGGUGGACGGGGAGGGAGGGCAGCGGCGCGAGGCUGGGGCCAGUCCCGGCUCGGGAAUGAGGCCGCAGGAAAUGAGCAGGGGCUGAGGCAGGAUACAGGGACUUAGAAGAGAGACGGAACUCACCAUGGCAUCUUUGGGGCACAAAAAUGAAUGAAAUUA